AUGUAUCUCGAUAAUCUUCUGGUUUCCGCCGCCCUCAUCUGCCUGGCAUCUGCUGAGUACACGACCAAAUACCUCACCGGGUCGUCGAACAACACGAUCCAGGUCCUUGUCGAGGGAGACGACCCGUCACUGCUCGUCUGGCCGUCUUUCGCCCGGGACAGCCUCGAUGAUUUCCACGAGUUCUCGACCACCCCCGCCGACGCGGGCUACCGCUACUCGGUCACGCCGCCGGCCAACGUAUGGCAAAGAACAUGGCUGCCGCACUCGGAAAAGGUGCCUUCGAUCGUUUUGGCAUGCAUCAACACCGGUACCAACACCAAUGCCACAAUCGCAGCUACGGCAAACAUUGCGAGUCACUAUACGUACUCAGCAGAGGAGCGGCUCGCUGCCUUGGAACUGGGCUAUUUUGCGCCAGGACAUAAUGCCUCUCUAUGGUUGACGGGUUGGUACCUUGAGGCAAUGGGCUCCGUAACUGGGGCUCCCACGAGCACCACGAUCGGCAGCAACAAUACGCAGAUCUUGGACGUCAUCGCGACAUUGGAUCCGUGGAGGAGAGAGGACCAGUGGAACUAAACAACUGGGCUGGUUGGAAGCCGGUCCACGGUUUUCUUUGUUGAAGAUGCUUCUCACGCGCUGUUCCCUGAGAACUUGCAGGGCGUCGUGGAUGCCAUGCUGCCAUGGUUGGAGACCCACCCAGACUUCGUCUUGGAAAUAAUUGCUUUUAGCAUCGAAAUAGCCGGC